AUGGCUCUCCGUGCAGUCCUACAGCUCCUUUGUGCGUUGGGAGUCUUUCACAAAGUUGGUUUUGGAUUAUUUGAAGUGAAUAAAUAUAGUGUGUUACGCACUCCACCUCUAAACCUGUCAUCUCCUGCAGGUCUAAGCUCUCAGAUAGAAACCCAGCAGACUGUGAUGGCAGCAGUGGGAGAAGAGGCUCAGUUAAACUGUCAGCUGAUGCAAUCUAAAGAUGUUCUGCAGGUCACAUGGCAGAAACUAUUACCUGAGGGGGAGAAGAAUCUAGCUACUUACAACAAAUACUUUGGUCAAAAGGUGAAUGCUGGUUUUGAAGAGAAAGUGGAGUUUAAAUGUGCUGGACUACAGAACAGCUCCAUAGUCAUCAGGAAGGUGACGGAGCAGGAUGAAGGAUGCUAUCGCUGUUUGUUUAACAUCUACCCUGAAGGAGCUCUCACUGCUACAACCUGCCUCCUUCUCUAUGAGCUGCAUGAACCUAUUCUCCAUGUUGGAGAAUCCAUCUCUCCUGAAGAGGCAGUAGUGUCCUGCUCGGCCACAGGUCGACCUGCUCCCACAGUUACACUGACUGUCCCUCACCACAACUCUUCCAGUGUCACCAACACCAACGGUACAGUCACUGUCACCACUACAGCUGUGCUGCUUCGUCUCCAUGGCAACAGCACACAGGUUGGAUGUGCAGUGCGAGUGCUCUCUGGUCCUCAGAUAGAGGUGUUUACCAUGAUUCCUGAGAUCAGACAGCCGUCUGCUGAUGGUUUUGAUGAGGAAUCUGAAACUAAUAAUAGUGAUCGCAGUAGGACUUGGAUCAUAUUGCCUGUGAUAUUGGUAGCCUGUGUUUGUGUUGCUGCUGUCAUCAUCACUGCCAGGCUUAGACAAAAAAAAUCCCAACAGGUACUUCUUUUAGUCACUAUCUGUCUCACUCUAUGA